AUGUCUCUUUGCGUCGCGCUGAGAAAGUUGGGCUACACGAGCUACCACAUGGCUGAAUGCUGGCUGGAUAGUGCCAACGACUCGAUGAGCCUGUGGCACGAGGCUAUCGAGGCCAAAUUCAACGGCAAGGGCCGUUACGUUGCGUUGCUGACUAUCCAGGCUGUGACUGACAUUCCCUGUAUCCUCUUCGUCGAUGAACUCCUCGCUGCAUAUCCCCAUGCUCAAAUCAUCCUCACCAACCGUCCUGUCGAGAUUUGGGUCCCAUCCAUCAAGCGAUCCUUCUAUACCAUCCUCAGCUGGAAGCGCUGGCGACUCCUCCAGUUUUUGGACCGGAGAGACGUCCAUCACUAUAUUCCCAUCCUACGCUCCUCCCUUACCGUCUGGACCGGUGGGAAUUGGCAGGAUGAGACCCGUCUGCCCGACGGCUAUGCAGCACACUACGCACAUGUGCGGGCCGCUGCAAAGGCGCAGGGGCGCGAGGUGCUCGAAUUCCGAGUCCAAGACGGCUGGGAACCAUUAUGCCAGUUUCUGGGAAAGGAGGUGCCAGAUGAGCCUUUCCCGCAUGUCAACGAAGGCGACUGGGUCGUGGGGCUGCACUACACUAUCUUUUGGAUACAGUCGCUCCGCGUGGUCUGGAGAGUGCUGAAAUGGACCGCGCCGGUUGCGGCGGCUGGAGCUGCCUGGUGGUGGUAUCGACGUUUGGCUCCACUUCUAACUAACGUAUUUCCCGGCUGUUUCGAUCACCCGGUUGCUCCGAUCACUAGAAUACCCAUACAAAAUGCGUUUUUUUGUAUAACUACUUUAAAUAAUAGAGUAGACUAC